AUGGCUUUGUCCAGUCCUUCUUUCGCCCUCGGAGAGACCAACGUCAAAGUGCCCAUAGGUCGCGACGCCAUUCUCAACUGCACUGUGCACAAUUCUGGCACCCACAAGGUGGCUUGGAUAGACUCCCUGCGCGGCGUCGUGCUCACCGUCGAGGAGGACGUGGUAACGGGAAAUCCUCGCGUUGGCAUCAGGCACUCGGUGACCCCCAAUGGUGCCGACUCGUGGGUGCUGAGUGUCAAGGCCGUCACCAUGAAGGACGCUGGCACCUACAUGUGCCAAGUCAGCACCAAGGCGGGACUCAGGCUGCUCUACAACCUUUCUGUCGUCGACGAUUCACUGCCAUUCCAGUCAACACUCUUGAGGGGAUCCCGUGGGAAAGCUUUGGGAUACCCCAGGGGCGUACCCAUACCCCCUCCCGAUUACCCUAUUUCCCUAGCCGAGGACGAAGCCAAUUACACUUUUUCUCUAACCUGGGUCUUCGCGUCUCAACGUCCUCUUGAUAGCAUUGUUUUUUUUAGCCGGGGGUCACCCUCCAAAAUCGCCGUAAAACCCUAG